AUGGCCGUGCUGGCCAUGGAAAAGGACGACACCAAGACCGCUCACGCUGAGACGGCCGAAGACCUCAGCAGCGCACAGAACGCCGAGGAACAGGAACUGACCCCCACGCAGGCCCUGAGGAAGUACCCCCGGGUCGUCUUCUGGUGCUGCUUCGCCAUCUGGAUCCUCUUCCUGAGCAGCUUCGACAACCAGGCUGGUGGCGUGGUCUUAGGCAUCCCCCAGUUUCGCAAGGACUUUGGCCACGCCUUCGACGGCGGCUAUGUCCUCCCCGCUGGGUGGCAGUCGGCUCACAGUGGCGGCCCGACUGCGUCCACUGUCAUCGGAGCGCUUGGCUCUAGCUGGGUUGCGGACAAGAUUGGCCGAAAGUACACGCUGGCCCUCGAUGUUCUCAACGUUCUUGUCGGCAUCACGCUCGAGACAAUCUCGACCACCAACCCGGUCUUCUUUGCCGGAAAGCUCAUCAAUGGCUUCUCGGUUGGCGCCUUUGUCACGGUCUCCAUGGCAUAUGUCGGCGAGAUUGUCCCGCUGGCCUUACGCGGCAGCAUCACGGCCGCCUGUGCCGUCUCUUUCACAAUUGGCUCCCUCGUGGCGGCCCUGAUCGUCAACGGCACCAGUAAUCAAGACAGCCGCUGGGCUUAUCGCAUCAUCUUCGUGUCCCAGUACGGCGUUGCUGGGGUCGCUGCCAUCGGCCUUCCCUUUUUGCCCGAAUCUCCCUGGUGGCUUCUGUCCAAGGGCAAACAAGACAAAGCCCUCAAGUCCCUCCGCCGUCUCGGCUACAGCGCAGACGAGGUCACCUCGAAGAUAGCGGGCAUCCAGACCGUCCUCGACAAGUCUCUCCAGGAGACGGCCGGCGCCAGCUUCCUCGAGUGCUUCCGCGCCUCUAACUUCCGCCGCAUGUGCGUGGGCAUUGACCCCCUCAUCGUCCAGGCCCUGGGAGGCGCGUAUUUCAUCGCCGCCUACUCUACCUACUACCUCCAGCUGGGCGGCUACACCGUCUCCGAGUCCUUCCAGAUCAACAUCGGCCAGCAGGUCCUCUCCAUGAGCGGCAACAUACUGUCCUGGUUCAUCAUCGACAGGUUCGGGCGGCGGCCUCUGACGGUCUGGGGGUCCGCCUUCACCACCCUCCUGCUCGUCAUCGCGGGAGGCCUGGGUCUUGUUCAGCAGCCGAGCUUCGUCAAGGGCACAGUGGCCAUGAUGUGGAUGUGGUGUUUCUUCUACAACUUCACCAUUGGCGCUACGGCCUACACGCUCAUGGCUGAGAUUGCCACGGCUCGUCUCAGGGCCAAGACGGCCGCCAUCGGACUCGCUACUCAGCAAGCCAUCUUUACGAUGUGGGCUUUUGUCAUCCCCUAUCUCUUCAACCCGGAUCAAGCCAACCUUGGCGGGCGCAUCGCCUUCAUCUUCAGCGGUCUGGGUGUCCUCUGCACCGUCCUCUUGUGGCUCUACCUGCCCGAGACGAUGGGACGCACGUACGAGGAGCUAGAUGAGAUGUUCAUGAAGCGCGUUCCUGCCUGGCAGUUCAAGUCCUACCAGACCGACGCCCAGAUGAACAUAGCGGCUGAGCAGAGGUCGCUUAAAGAAUAA